AUUCAACCAAGAAUCUAUUUUUCCUUGGAUCCAGUGUUAAGUUACUGUAAUCAUGUAUUGCUUUUGAAGGGAUGGAAACAUUCGAUGGAGAUGUCUAAGCAAAAAGAUGAUCAGUGGGCACUAUUUGCCAAGUCAUUUCUUGACAGAACCCGUCUAGCUCUAUCAAGCAAGGCAGAAUAUUACCAUCAAAUUUUGCAACCUUCAGCUGAAUAUCUUGGAUCAUUGCUUGAUGUUGAUCCAUGGGCGGUAAGCAUAUUCACGGAAGAAAUCAUACGUGCUGGAUCAGCAGCUUCUUUAUCUGCACUUCUUCAGCGACUUGACCCUCUUCUUCGGAAAGUUGCACAUUUAGGAAGCUGGCAGGUCAUAAGCCCUGUUGAAGUUGCUGGAUAUGUUGAAGUCGUAGAAGAAUUGCUUGCUGUCCAGAAUAAAUCAUAUACACAAUCAACAAUUUUGGUUGCAAAACAUGUAAGGGGAGAAGAGGAAAUACCAGAUGGCACAGUCGCUGUUCUAACACCUGAUAUGCCAGAUGUUCUAUCUCAUGUCUCUGUGCGAGCUAGAAAUAGCAAGGUAUGCUUUGCUACCUGCUUUGAUGACAAUAUCCUGGAUGAGUUUCGGAGGAAUUCGGGAAAGCUCUUUCAUCUAAAGCCCGCGUCUGAUGAUAUUGUAUAUAGUGAAAUAGAAAAAACUGAACCUGAAGAUGUGGGUCCAGUUCAAGCUGGAGAUGAGCAAGCACCGCCAUCGGUGACAUUGGUUAGGAAGCACUUCAGUGGCAAGUAUGCCAUAUCAGCUGAAGAAUUUACCAAUGAAAUGGUUGGUGCUAAAUCGCGGAAUAUUUCAUAUCUAAAAGGAAAGGUUCCUUCAUGGGUGGGCAUUCCCACAUCAGUCGCUCUACCAUUUGGAGUUUUUGAGGAAGUUCUGUCAAAUGACAUAAACAAGGAAAUUGUCAGCCAGCUACAAUUACUGAAAGAGAAGUUGGCUAUUGGAGAAUUUGAUGCACUUCUCAACAUAAGAAAGAUGAUAUUGCAGCUGGCAUCUCCAAUUGAGCUGGUACAAGAGCUAAAGGGAAAAAUGCAGGCAUCAGGAAUGCCAUGGCCUGGUGAUGAGGGUGAACAUCGGUGGGAACUUGCUUGGAUGGCAAUCAAAAGAGUUUGGGCUUCAAAGUGGAAUGAGAGAGCAUAUUUCAGCACAAGGAAAGUCAAGUUGGAUCAUGACUAUUUGUGCAUGGCUGUCUUGGUUCAAGAAAUCAUUAGUGCUGAUUAUGCAUUUGUCAUCCAUACUACAAACCCAUCAUCUGGAGAUUCAUCUGAAAUAUAUGCCGAGGUGGUGAAAGGACUUGGAGAAACUCUUGUUGGAGCCUACCCAGGCCGGGCAUUGAGCUUUGUUUGUAAUAAGGACGAUCUGAACUCGCCAAAGGUACUUGGUUUCCCAAGCAAGCCUAUUGGCCUAUUCAUCAAACAAUCAAUUAUCUUCAGAUCUGAUUCUAAUGGUGAAGAUUUAGAAGGUUAUGCAGGUGCUGGUCUGUAUGACAGUGUGCCCAUGGAUGAGGAAGAGAAAGUGGUACUCGACUAUGUAGCCGACCCAUUAAUCAUGGAUAAGAACUUCCGUAAUUCACUACUCUCCAGCAUUGCUCGAGCAGGUUAUGCGAUCGAGGAGCUCUAUGGCUCUCCACAGGACAUCGAAGGUGUUGUUAAGGAUGGGAAAAUCUUUGUCGUCCAAACGAGACCACAGAUGUGAUUCUUUAGGUUCAAAGCUGCUUCACUCGUUCUAUUUAUCCAAAUGACUACAAGUACAAAGAAUAAUUUCUACAUUUCACCAAUUAUACGGACAAAUAGAAUACAAUAAGUUAAAUGGCAAUCACGAUCAAUUUACAACACGAGGUCCUCGUUGCAUGAGGCUCAAGAUUCUGUAUAUGCAAGAGCGCAACAGCCAUGUCUGAUGGGUCCUCUAGUCCCCAUGUCUCAUGUAUAUGACACAUGGGCUGUAUCGCUUGAAUAGACACUGGCACUGUGAACCAUCAAAUAUUAUUCAAAUUUUUGGUUGCUUAUAAAAUCCCAAUUGUUAGUAUUUUUAUC